GUGACAUUCUGAUUUAUAACGUGGACGGUAGUUUGUUGUUUGUAAUCCAAGUUUGGGACUUCAAUAAGGGAACCUAUAGUUGCCACAUCUGUAGAUGCCUAUUAUAAAGGAACAUGUUUAUGAUGUUUGGACUUCUGAUUAUGUCAGCAGAAUCCUCUUAUGAGAAUUUAGCAGUUCAUCCAACCACCCUCACAACCGCAGACCACGCGUAACCAUGCCCGCCCAGGACAUCCACAUCCGGCUUCUUUACCUGUGGGAUUGUCUGAGUAGGGUGAGGAUGGAGCUCAGGAGUUUGUUUGUAAUAAAAUCCCUUUUGUGGGGAUUUUAUGCUGAUUGGCUGGUUUCCUUCUAUGAACUUUAACUCAGUAAAAUCUUUGAAAUGGUUGCAUGGCAUGGUGACCUCCUGUAAUGCUACACAGAACAUGUCGUGUUACGGAGCUCUGGGAGGAACUGUCUAUCUCCAGCUGAUGAAUGAUGCCACAGGAUCCGAAUUCAUAUUCAAAAAAGACCCCACUGGUGCACAAACAGUGAUAUUCAAAAUAAAACAAAACAAAAUUGUCCAUGAAUUCAUUAAAGCCAGAUCAGAGUUCUUUAUCAAUAAUGGAACAUUAAAAAUAAAUAGCACAGAGAGGAGUGAUUCUGCUGAAUAUUCUUUAGAAAUCUUCAAGUCAGAUGGACUUUACUUGGACACGAGAAUAGUACAACUGAUAAUUGGAGGAGGAUCUUAUGGCACUGCCAUAGGAUCACUAGUAGCUGUGGUCCUGGUCCUUGCAGUGGUGGUGGGAGCUUACUGUAUUCGCAAGAGGAGGAACCCUCCACAGGCAUCAGAUGCUGUUGAGAGUCCAGAACUGGAAUGUGAUGACAUCACGAUUCUAAAGAAGAGGGAGAAACAGAGAGAGGUUCCAGAGGAGGUGGUGUAUGGACAGAUUGUAGUGCUGGAGGGUGCCAGACCAAACACGGAGAGAGACAGACCUGAGGGGCAGGAGGAGACUUUGUAUGCUGGAAUACAGCUUGGCCAAUGAGAGCUGCAUGUUUGAAGGGUUGGUCUUUAGAAGUGGUACUGAAGCCUUGUUUCUUCAUUUGUUACUGUAACGAAUUGGAUUAACUUUCCCAUAUUACUGUUUAUAUUUCAUGGCAUUCAAUGCUGAGGGUUUUGUACAUUAUUUACCUAAAUAAAUAUCCCAACAAAUGGACUGUCUACAGUUGUCAUAGUCUCUCUGUUACUGAUUUAAUGUUUUAUUUAUCAAUGUAUAAUUUUUUUUUUUACAAACUCUCAACAAGGUUAUUGUGCAGUAGUAAAAGUUGUCAUUCACUGCAGAAGUUUGUGAUUGAAAGGAUUGCCCACUAUUGUGUCCUUCAUGGAAGAAUGGUUCCUUUUUUUGGUUAUUUUCUUAAUUUGCUUCUAAUAAACAAACCCAAUUCA